UGUGACGUCAUUUCCUGUUACGCUCUUGUUUUAGUCGGCUGUGAUUUUCUGAGUUGGUGGACAGAGGAAAAUAAUUAAGAUGGUCCGAGCUUAUUUUAAACUCUGGUGAACUGCUGUAAAAGUAAGGAGCUAUUUUUGUUGGCCUCGACAACCAUGUCGUGCCGUGACAUCCACGCCACCAAUGCCUUUGCUUUCAUCAUUGCCUUCAUUUCUGUGGGAGGGAUUUUCGUGGCAGCAGUAAUCCCACAGUGGCGCGUAACAAGACUCAUCACCUUUAAUCGCAAUGCCAAGAAUGUUAGUGUGUAUGACGGGCUGUGGUCAAAAUGUGUGAAACAGGAUGGCUACUCAGGAUGUUACCACUAUGAUACAGAGUGGUAUGCUAAUGUGGACCAACUGGAUUUGCGGCUCCUGCAGUUCUGCCUGCCUAUGGGUCUGAUGUUUGGUUCUCUAGCCUUACUGCUGUGCAUGGCUGGAAUGUGUAAGACCUGCUGCUGUUCUGACAAGCCGGAACCAGACAUUAAGACCAUCCGUUGCCUGGUCAAUAGUGCAGGCUGCCAUCUUGUGGCUGGGGUGUUUUUGUUCCUGGGAGGAGCAAUUGCUCUAGCCCCCUCAGUGUGGUUCCUGUUUCGCACCAAGGAGAUGAAUAUCAGAUACGACAACAUUUUCUCUGUUGGGUUUGCUGUGUAUGUAUCCAUAGGCUGCUCUGGAGGACUGAUGCUUGCUGCUCUGUUGAUGUUCAUGUGGUACUGUAUGUGUAAGAAAUUGCCGUCACCUUUUUGGUUGCCUCUGCCCUCCAUACCUACCUCAGUGUCCACCCAGCCUCUCACUGCUAAUGGAUAUCCUUCCCCUGUCUGUGGCCCUCUGCCGCUCCCACCACAGACCUAUGCUCCUGCUGUGAUUGACACUCACCCAUAUCUGCCCUCCCAAGGCUACAUGCCAGGUGUGGCAGCCCCUGUCCCAUCACAGGUGUACAUGUCUCAGAUGUCAGCUCCAGAUGGGUAUGGGUCAGAGGUAGGGGGUGCCCAGGCGUAUACCUACACUUCUUCUCAGAGCUACGCUCCCUCACAGAGCUAUGCUCCUUCUCAGAGCUAUGCUCCCUCGCAUAGUUAUGCUCCUUCUCAGAGCUAUGCAUCCAGCUAUACAGGUCACCGCUACUCCUCCCGCUCACGGAUGUCUGCCCUAGAGAUCGACAUUCCUGUGCUCACACAGGAACAAUAACGGAGUCUGAUGGGGAUCAAGCAGUAGUAUGGGUUUCAUCACUGGUCACUUAAUGGA